AAUCACAUAUGGCUGCUCACACGUUGCUUCAGACACGAUAACCAGCAUUGACAUACGUUCAACACUUGUAUCUGCGCAUAACGUGUUUAAUUACAUUGUUGUAAAUUAAUCGGAGUCUCUCAUCUCGUUAAGUUUGUAGCCGUGUGAACCCGUGUUUUGUAGUCAAAAUGGGGGAUCGUGUUGAGUUGGUCGCUGGAAGUUAUGAGCAGAUAGUGUUUGGUUAUCGUAUAUGUACGGGUGAAAAGGAGUGGACACUUGAGCCCAACUUUACACACCAUGCACACGCCGCAUCACUCUCUGCAGUUGCAUCCAAUGAUCAGUUCAUCGCCACAGGAAGCAAAGAUGAAACCAUUCAGUUAUAUGACAUGAGCAAGAAAACCGAAUAUGGAUCCUUGUUGCACCAUGAUGGUACCAUCUCAUGUCUGGAGUUCUACAGCUCGUCACAUUUACUCAGCGGAGGAGAAGACGGUCUGAUCUGUGUGUGGAGCACCCAGAAAUGGGAGUGUCUAAAAUCCAUCAAAGCUCACAAGGGUCAUGUUAAAUCACUGUCCGUACACCCGUCAGGAAAACUGGCACUCUCGGUUGGAACAGACAAGACUCUACGAACAUGGAAUCUAAUUGAAGGGCGGUCAGCCUUCAUCAAAAACAUCAAACAAAACGCAGAAAUAGUGUUGUGGUCACCCGAUGGCGAUAAAUAUGCAGUGGUUGUGAAUGACAGAGUGGACAUAUACAUCCUGGAGUCAGCCACAGUCAUUGGAACCAUAGCCUUCCAAAAAAGGAUUACAUGUCUCAACUUUCUAAAUAAUAUGCUCUUAGCUGUGGCGGGAGAUGAUGACAGUGUGCGUAUAUAUGACAUCACCUCACAGAAGUGCGUUUGCGAGUUCAAGGCGCAUGAGAACAGAGUAAAAGCCAUGCAGAGCUUUGUGAAAGAUUAUUUCCAUGUCCUUGUUACAGCUUCAAAUGAUGGGUUCAUUAAGAUGUGGAAGCUUAAUCUUGAGAAUCUGGAAACCCCUUCCUUGCUUGGUGAGAUUAAUACCACUGCCAGGCUCACCUGUCUAUCUGUCUGGAAACCUGGUAAAGAACCAUCUGCCCAGACUGCAACUUCUAAGACUGUUGUGGAGUCCCCUAUGCCAGCCAAAGGUAAAAGCGUGAGGAUCAAAACUGAAGAGGUGAUUAUACAGGAGGAAAGCAGCUCCAUGAAACGAGGAAAAAAGACAAAAAGACAAAAAGUGCAAUAAACUUUGUUUGUAUUGA